CAACGGAACAGAGACAGGCUCAGAGAGGGAAAGGCAAAGAGAGAGGUGUCUACAGGCUGCAUCUCCACUGAAACAUUUGGAAAGGGGGGAGACAGAAGAAGAGCUGAAUGGUAGCUACACCCUGCGCCUGGAAGCGUAGAGACACUGUAACAAAGGCUGGCAAUUAUUUUUUGGCAAUAACAAAGAGGUGGGAGAGGGGCUCUGAAAUCGAGGGAAAUAGAAAAAUCAGCCAGUUUUCAGGGGGACCUCUGCUUCAUUUCAUCCGAAAGACUCAUCCCUUGCCAUCAUCAGCAUGACCAUAAGCUAUAAGUAACAUUCGGCAAUAACGGUGUCAAAACGAGAUUUUCAGCAACAGACGCGCGCAAUCCUAUUUUGAUUUAUUAUAAUCGGGGGAGAAAAAAAAAAAGAUCAACUGAAUGCCUGCGAGAAACUGGAUACUCUCUGAAAUCAUAAGAAAGAGCGAUCUAACAAAGAAAACUACAUUUUGAUUGAUCUUUAAGCUUGAUGUGCGUGUUUCUGCACGCACUCGAAACGAACCUGAACCAAAAGCAAACUCCUCAGACUCCUCCCUCCUCCUCCCUUCGGUCUCUCUCAUCCUCUCCCUCCCCCCCCGGUCCUCUAUGCUCAGUUCGGUGUGUGUAUCCUCUUUCAAAGGGCGCAAGGGUGGGAACAAGUCGUCCAACAAAGCAUGUUACAGCGCAGACAUGACUUGUCCGUCGGAAAGCGAGAAAAUCGUGAUAAACUGCGGGGGGGUGCGGCAUGAGACCUACCGGAGCACCCUAAAAACGUUGCCCGGUACCCGCUUGUCGUGGCUCACCGAACCGGACGCGUUCAGCAACUUCGACUACGACCCCAAAUUAGACGAGUUCUUCUUCGACCGCCACCCGUCAGUGUUUUCCUUCAUCCUCAACUAUUACCGCACCGGGAAGUUGCACUGUCCCAAUGAUGUGUGCGGUCCCCUGUUCGAAGAGGAGCUGGCCUUUUGGGGCAUCGAUGAGACUGACGUGGAGGCGUGUUGCUGGAUGAAUUACCGGCAGCACCGGGAUGCGGAGGAGGCGCUGGACAGCUUCGAGACUCCAGAACCGGACGCGCCGGACGACGACCCAGCGCUGGGCGGUGCGGAUGGGGACUUGAAAAGACUGUGCAUGCAGGAGGACGCAAGGAAAUCGGGCUGGUGGAAAACCUGGCAGCCCAGAAUAUGGGCACUGUUUGAAGACCCCUAUUCCUCCAAGUAUGCCCGGUAUGUGGCAUUUGGCUCCCUAUUCUUCAUCCUCAUCUCCAUCUCCACUUUCUGCAUGGAGACGCAUGAGGCCUUCAACACCAUCAUCAACAAGACAGAGAACGUCACGGUGGGCAACUUCACCCGUGAGGAGAUUGUAUACGAGGUGGUGACUGACAGCUGGUUGACAUACGUGGAGGGCGUGUGUGUCAUCUGGUUCACCAUUGAGGUCCUGCUGCGAGUCACCUUCUGCCCAGAUAAGCUCGAGUUCUUCAAAAGCACCCUCAACAUCAUCGACUUUGUCGCCAUCCUGCCCUUCUAUCUGGAGGUGGGCCUGAGUGGUCUGUCCUCCAAAGCUGCCAAGGAUGUCCUGGGCUUCCUCCGUGUCGUCCGAUUCGUCCGUAUCCUCCGAAUCUUCAAGCUCACUCGCCACUUUGUGGGUCUCCGUGUCCUUGGCCACACCCUUCGUGCCAGCACCAAUGAAUUCCUCCUGCUGAUCAUCUUCUUGGCCCUUGGUGUCCUCAUCUUUGCCACUAUGAUCUACUAUGCUGAACGAAUUGGCGCUGACCCGGAUGACCCAACAGCCAGCGCCCACACCAACUUCAAGAACAUCCCCAUUGGAUUUUGGUGGGCCGUUGUGACCAUGACCACGCUGGGCUAUGGAGAUAUGUAUCCGGAGACGUGGUCUGGGAUGCUGGUGGGUGCGCUCUGUGCCUUGGCUGGUGUGCUGACCAUUGCUAUGCCUGUGCCUGUCAUUGUCAACAACUUCGGCAUGUACUACUCUCUGGCCAUGGCCAAACAAAAGCUGCCCAAAAAGAAGAACAAACAUAUCCCUCGAGCACCCCAACCAGGAUCCCCCAACUACUGCAAGCCAGAUGCCCUGGCCAUGGCUACUGCCUCACCUCAAAGGAUCUUGGGAAAUGUCCUAGGUGGAGUGAUGGGUUCUGGAGGCAUAGGGGGUGACUGUCCUCUCGCCCAAGAAGAAAUUAUAGAGAUUAACAGAGAUUCCAAGCAGAACGGUGAUGCAGCCUCGGCCGCCCUGGCUAAUGAGGACUGCCCCACCAUCGACCAGGUGCUGAGCCCAGACGAGAGGAGCCCUAUUGGGCGUGGGCCUACCCGGGAACGCUACCAGCAGGACCGCGCCUGCUUCCUGCUCAACACCAGGGAAUUCCGUGCCACAGAUGGGAAUGUGCGGAAAGAGGCAGCAGCCCUGGCACCCAGCCCAGACUCCCCUCUGACUGAGGAUUGGUAUAAGAUGGAAGGGUCUCUGUUACAGCAGGACCUCAAUGCAAACUCCACCUCCUCCUGGAUCAAACCAUAGACCAGAGUGUUAAGUUUCUAGCAUUCGCCCUCUCUCUAAUGAGGAGUCAGUAACCGGUAAACACAAAUUUGCGGCGGGAGCCACGUAAGCGACAGGUGUGACACGGAUGGACAGUUUAAAGGAGAUCUUUGGGGUGACAAGAGAGAGACCAGAGGUUAAUCAUGAAUUAAAAAAUCAUAUGGUCUGCUCCUCACGUUGUUACCAAAGCAGCCUCUUGGAACUCCGACCAUACUUUUGACAACUUGUCUGACUGACCUUUUUUCUUUUUCUUUUUUUUUUCCUCUUUUUUCGGCAAACUGACUGAGCAUUGCACUGACACACUUUGGGAGAGAGAAGGACUCCUGAUUACACAUUCCAGAUGACAUCUCUAUGACAACACUAUACUCGCCAUCUUGUAUGAUGACCAACUCAGUACCAUCUACAGUGCUGAACAACUGCGCAACUUCAUGUUUCUGAGAAAAAAACAAACAAACAAACAAACAAAAAAAAAAAAUACCAACACUUGUCUUCACAAAGGACUGAAUGAACAAUGUAGCAUCUCUGCUAACAUAUUGUAGCAUUUGUUGGCCGGGAAAUAACUUGACUUAAUCCAUCAACAGUUUGAAGAGAGAGGAAUUUAUGCAUACAAGGGAUCUUUUAGAUGUCAUUCUCCUCUUGGGUUCCUUUCCAGUGAAGAAGAAAAAAAAUAAAUAGAAAGUACAUGAGAGACAAAGGAUUGAUCUUACUCAUUAACACUUGACAUUCCAAAAAAACAAAAAACAAAAAAAAAAUCGAUGCACUAAAUACAAGCAGUGCACAUGAACUUAAUCACAAAUGCACAGUAUCUAACAGCACCCAUACUGCAGUCUUUCAUUCAAGUUUAGCACUUGUAUAGCAUGUUUGCCACUGAACUUAUGUCUUCCAUUCACUUCUAUCCGGCUUAAACACUGCCCUCCUCACAAAUACUGAGAUAAUCAGAAACAACAACAACAUAUGAAGCACAUGUAGCAUCGGCUCAAACAGAUCAUGUCUGGCACAUACUGUACAUUUAGACCCACCUAAAACAUUCCCCAUAAGAAAAUGGUGGAGAAAAAAAAAAGACUUAUCUUUAUCUCUCAUGUACUGCCAUGGGCUAGCCCCAGAAUCCGUGUGGGAUACCAAAGGUCCUGUAGCAUGCACUUGCUGAAUGACCUUCUGUAAUGUAUUGUAGAUUAGGAGAAAUAUUCCAUUCAGGAUGAGGUUUGUACUCGCCCUCAUACUGGCCAUUGUCUCUGUUUGGUACAAAGUCAUUCCUCUAAAAGAACUUAUGUCCUUUAACUGCCACUAGCAUCCCAUUCCUAUCUGCACAUUUAAAUGUUACAAGUAUUUUUCCCAUGUCUGACUGAGACAGUGCUCAGUCUCGAGGAGCGAAAAGACUGACUCAAGGAGACAAAAAUCCUAGAGACAACUGUCAGUCUGUCUUCUAUAUCAGAGGAUAUUGGCUGGCCUAAAUCGCAACGAAAAGGACAUCAUUAUCACAAAGGCACUUUUUACGUCACACACAUAACUGUUCAUUAGCUGGAAAUUAUGUGCUAUCAUUUUUAAAAGGGACCAAUCAGAUAAAUGUUCCCCUGUAACACAAAGGCCGACACUGCCAAUUAGGCACAAGAAUUCCCAGACGCAUACUGCCCCAUCUCUCUCUUGUCCCUCUUGCUGCCAACGACUGCUGCAAUGGCAAGUCGAUGUCAAAAUAAGGAUGGCCCAUCAGUGGAGCCCUUAGGCAAAGGGGAAAAUGAGAAGAAAUGGACCAAGAGUAGAGCAAAGUGUGGAAGUGUACAAAGAGAUCAAAUCUAUAUUUUGAUAAACAAAUCAACUAUCCAUGGCUUCGGAAAAAGUUUCUGGGAAGAAAAGGUCCAGAAUGGAAGAAAGAAAAAAAAAAAAAAUAUCAGAUGCAAAUGUGAAUAGAAAAUUUGGCAUCAUGAAAUGGAGUCAAAGUCGUGGAAAAAGAGAUCGGAAGCGAAUGUUUUGUCACGAGAGGUGGGCGAACGCGUUUUCCCCACACGCAGCGGGAAAAUGUUUUUGGAAAGACAGUGAGCGAUGACAGACUCUUGCCUGUAAAGACAUGGGAAUGACAAAGGAUGGACGCUGAGAUAAACAAAUGAAAAAAAAAAAAAGAUAAUGCAUUUUUGUAACUUUGUUUACCAGCAUGACUACUUUGCAUGACUGUCUUUUCUGCAAGCCCUUAGUUGAAGACAAGGGUGCUAGAGAUACAAAAAAAAAGUAUAUAUAAAAUGAAUUAAAAAAAUGUUAUAUGCAAUUAAUGUUUUAAAAAAGAUUAUAAUGAAAGAGAAGAGCUAUAUUUUGUUUUGAAAAGUAAAAAAAAUGUGAAUAUUGAAACAUGUAUGUUUGCAAAGUACACCCUGAACUAUGUUUUGUUCGAUGAAAUCUCUCUGCUACUACUGCCCUACAUUCCUCAUUCCAGUCUUUUCGAUGGUUUUACUUUGUAACGCGUUGUUGAGCAGUAUAUUUUCUAACCAUUCUAUCAACAGCGAUCAUUCAAGACUUUGCCAAACUAUAGCAUUUGUGCAAAAGAACGCAACAAUUCACAAAGUUCUUUCUUUUCUUUUUUUUUUUUCCUUCCUUGAAUCAUUUGCACAACUUAACGUAGCAGCAGCAGCAACAGCAGCAGUUCUAAAACAACAGCUCACCAUACCACAACUUUGACUGCUUGAUUAGUACUCAUAGUUUGCUUUUUUUUUUUUCUUUGGCAAUAAUACAAGAGUUGUCACUUGAUUGUAGCAGGGCACACGGAGACCCUCAAGAGUAUCUUCAAUUCCUCAGUGUUAAAAGAGAUUCGUAAAGGCCUUGGAUGUCCCAUGGCAGGAUUUUGCUGGGAUGGGCAGUUCUGUUCCACUUGUCCUAAGUAGAGAAAUGGGAGUACAAGCGCAGGUUAUCCAAUAAAGACCAAUAACAGACUAUGAGAGAUACUAUACCGCAUUGGCGAAGAGUCGAGAGAGAUUUCAGGUUUGCAUGGAACCAACUGCCAUUCCAAAGUUUGUGUGUGGUUUAAAGGACUCAGGUGUGUCGAUGGUGUGUGUGGAUGUAGGUGUUUUGCUAUUUCCUUUCUAACAUAAUAAAUUCUAGUAUAUAGACAACGAUAAUGUGAACACCUCACAGUGAUGUGUAAAAAAACGCAUGCAUUAUGACUUGAUAAUCUCUCGAGGGGGGAACAGAGUCUUUACAUAUCCCCUUAGCCUCCUAUCAUUGUUUGUCAUGAAUCCAGUCCUGAUAACUAUGAACACUGUGCCGUGUCGUAGAGCAGAAACGUCUUCCUCCCAGAGGCAACUGAAAACUACUCACACUCACAGUGUCAGCAUGAGUGUGUAAGGUAGCCUGUCUUCGUUUUUUUUUUUUUUUUUUUUUUUUUUUUUUUUUUUUUUUUUUUUAGAUGGUCAGGUCUUUGCAUCCGUCAAUACCCAUGGAGUUACCGUCAUCCAGCUGGCUAGUUGGCAGCUCAUUAUAGCACACAACACAUUCAUGUGAGCGCCAAUCAAAGAGACCCAGAGCUUCCAAAAUGAUGUCAGUGAGGUACUUUUAAGUGUUGCAAGAAAAAAAAAAAAAAAA